CCCGGGGCAGCGGCGACCGGGAGCGCUGCGUGAGCGGCGGCGGCGGCCCUGGGCACGGGAGCGGGCAGGAGCGGAGGGAUGACCUCUAAGGAUGCUUCAGGUGAAGCUCAUAGUAACUGGAGAUGACUUUGGCUAUUGUCCUCGGAGAAACCAAGGCAUCGUGGACUGUUUCCUGGCUGGUGCGGUAUCUAACGUGUCCCUUCUAGUCAACGGAAGUGCUGCAGCAGAUGCAGCCAAGCUGGCAAGGAGAUACAACAUCCCAAUAGGCCUGCAUGCCAACCUCUCCGAGGGCUCUCCUGUAUGUGAGGUGCUCAAGACAAACUCUUCUCUGCUCAACCAAGAUGGAUUCUUCCAUGGGAAAAUGGGAUUCAGAACAGCUCUAUCAAAAGGUCUCCUGAAUAUGUCAGAGGUGAAGCAGGAGCUGAAGGCCCAGGUGGAGCUGUUCCAUGAGCUGACAGGUCACCUACCUCCUCACAUGGAUGGGCACCAGCACAUCCACGUCCUCCCAGAAGUCAGGCACGUAUUUGCAGAGGUGUUAGAGGAAUAUGGGAUUAAGUACACACGUGUCCCAAUAGAGCCAGGCCUUCAUAACUGUGACUGGAUUCCACCAUCCCUGAUGGACUUUUAUCUGGGAGUAGAAGAAGAUUCUUUUAACACCGUGGAUGUGUUUACAAGGCAUGGAAUAAGAUGGCCAGACAUUUACAUAGGUUUGAGCACCAUGGGCAAGAACAUGUCUGUCAGUAACAUCUGGAGUGCCAUUGACACUGCCAUCGUGGAGUUCACGUCCAAGGCGUCCUUACCCGCACAGCCGACGCCACAGAGCAGGACAGUAACGAUUGAGCUGAUGGUGCAUCCAGGGUACCCGAGUGUCCCACCCGUCGGCGGCUGUGGGGAUGGACCAGACGAUUUCUCACAGUCCUGGGAGCGCCUCCAUGAACUCCAGACGUUAAUUAAGCCAGAGCUGCAGAGCCAUUACAAAACCAGGAACAUCCAGCUUUGUUCAUUCAAAGAUCUUUAGGUAAACAAGCACACAUACAUACAUACGUGUAUUCAUACUCUGAAGAUAGGCAGUUGCUAAUGUCCCAA